AUGGCUAUUGAUACAGUAGAGGAUAAAAUCUUACAAAAGACAGACAACAUAAAUAGAAAAAGAGGAAAAAGUGAUAAUAUAGAGAAGCUAAAAGUUGUAAACAAAGAAGAAGAAAUUGUUAAAAUUAAACUAGCAAAAAUAAAUUUGAAUCAGAGU